ACUGGUACCACUGAACUGGUCUACUUAAGGAUACCUGUAUGUUGCUUGAUAUUUGAUUAAAAUUUCAUCGUGCGUUAAAAGCAGGUAGAUCAUAAAAUGAGUGAAACAACAGAUCAAGAUUCUGAGAUCACAGAUGUAAGAAGUAUCGAGGGUUUUGAUAUGUUGAAUAAAAGCAAGCAAGAAGAAAUUGAAGCAAAAUUUCGAGAACAAAAAAAGAUGAAAGACUUACACAUCGACGACUACAAUCCAUGGGGUAAACCAGGCCACGGGGCGCCAAACGAAGACACUUUGAGAAAACGUAAAAUAUUCAUGGAUGUUUUACCUCCUGUCGUAUUAAAAGCAGUUGGAAACGAUGCAACAAUGAUGGGCAGGCCAGGGGGUGGGGCACCUGUUAGAACUAAAUCCGGUAAAUUGAAAAAUGCCAGAGUGGAAGAUCCUCAGUUGAGAUUUCAAUGGCACGGACCUGUUAGGAAAAUGGUGGAUAUUGAUUUGAGGUACAGGGUUCCAGUAGCUGAUCAGAAAGCGUACAAAGAAGAAUUGGAUCAAUUAGUCAAGGAGAAGAAAGUUAUAGAAAGAGAGACAGCAUGUCACGAUGACAUUAAAGACCAUCAAAUGGGCUCUGACGCCAACACUUUCCGAAGAUUGGGGUCACAUCCUCAAGAUAAUAAAGAUCUUUACGAAAAAUUUCCGCACAUUGAUGAAGCGAUUAGACUAGAACAAAUUACCGGUGGUAUAGAAUUAGAACCACUGUUAGCGAUUCGACGUCGAAAAGCAAAACGGUAUCCUCUCGGAACAAGCGACGUUACAGGAAUCAUGGAUAUCAAACCAAAGUAUGAAAUAAAAAUUCAAAUUCAAAAUAUUUCACCAUUGGAUACCUUAUGUAAUGAAAAAUCUACAUUAAAAAAAAAUUAUUCCCCUUGUAGCAUAUCAAUUACCGAUAAAGAAUACAGCGAGGCGCUCGAACAACAAAUCACUGCUCGAGAACAUCAUAAACAGGAAGAAAAAGAAGAGGACCAAAUGACAGCUAGGAAACAUUUCGAAAACUGGGAUACGUUUUGGGGUCGUCCGGGACACGGAGCACCAAAACCUGUAAAAGUUAAAGAAAAUUUAGAAUAUAUUUUGUAUCAAUUGCCUAUUUUAAUAAAAAAAGAAGGAAUGGGCCACGAAGACGAAGAACACGAUCAAGAAUCAGAGAAAUCCGAAAAUUGAAUUUUUUUUAUCCCCGAAGUACCUACCUAUAUAAAAAUAAUUUAAUACGUAUUUAUCGAAACAGUUGCAUAAUAUAAUUGAAACUAACUUUAAAAUUUACUAAUAAUUUUUUAAUGAUCGCGUUUCACAAUAAAUUGAAACUCGUUGAA